AUGACGUCUUUUGACGGUCGCCCAUAUAGUUUCCAAGGCACAUGCUGGUAUACUCUUUUUAAAGACUGCUCAACAAAUCCUGCCUUCGAAGUAACAGCUGAGUUUGAGCCUAGGGAAGACAGUACAUUUGAACAAGUGAGAACGCGAGCUGUUUCUGUUAAUGUAACAGUUGACGGUGACUUUGUUAUUAUUAAUGGAUUGGACGUCGUUACAGGAAACACUAAAGGACAUAUAACUGAUGCAAAAGCAAUACACGUUCAAGAAUACGAUAACACAAUAACAAUGACCUUCACCUCAAAAGAUACCACAUUCACUCUGUCUUGGAUAUUGAAGAAGCACAGCUUAAGAGUAUCGUUAUCUGGAUCUGACUACCGUGGUCAUCUAUGUGGACUUCUUGGAGAUGCUGAUGGUGACACUCGUAAUGACUUCCUAAAACCUGGUGGUGAUGUAAUCCACAAUGCUACUGAGUUUGGAGAAAGCUGGAAAGUAGAUUGGAAAAAAUGUGAAUAG